AUGAUUUUGAUGCUGCUGCAAGGUUGGGUGUUACUGGUGUUGCCCUUCUUCGUGGCCAGCAGACCAGAAAUGACAAGACAACUGGAGAAGUUCCUCUUGCCAAAGAAGAAGCUGAAGGAAAAUUACUACCUCCCAGAGGCCUUGUACUUAUUUGCCUCCUAUUGCACCCAACCUCUGCCUCCCAAAGGCCCUGCAACUAUCCCCUUACAGUACUCAGUGCAUGAUGCCCUGAUGGUUGAUAAAAGGCUCUCUCCUCCAUUUGUCCCAACUUUCACUGGUUGGCCCCUGCUCCAUAUUGCACAGCACACUAAAUGCCAGUCAUCCACAGGGAAGUUCACUGUGAAGAACUUCCCCAAUCUCUUCUCUUCCAGCCACUCCAUCUUUGGCUCCACAUUGCCUGCCCCUGCCUCAACACCUGCACCAGAUCCCAACAGCCCACCUGCUCAGGGGAACAUCCUGUCAACCACUGCUCUGCCCACCAUCAGCCUUCCUGACAGCCUCAUUGGACCCUCUGCCACCCCUUCCCUGGACGCUUUAGAUGGGCAGGGCUGUGAACGUACCUCCCAGACCCAGGACCCCUUCAUCCAGUCCACAGACUUUGGGCCUUCUGAGCCACCACCACUCAGUGUCCCACAGCCCUUCCUCCUUGUCUUCAUCAUGCCCCUGCUGUCCCCCAGCCUGGACCCGGCCCCAGCCACCCCUCCAUUACCCUUGGUCCCUCCUCCUGCCACUUCCCUAAACCCCCCAGCCACAUCCACCUUCCUGCAGCCACAGAAGUUUGUUGGGGUCAGCAUGCUGAUCCCCCCCAUCAUCACUUACACAGCCUCUGCCACCCUGACCCACGAUGCCUCUGCCACCUCCUACAGCCAGACCCAGGGCCUCGUGAUCACUCCCUGCCACCCAAUCCCCUCGCCAUCUCCCUAUGACCUGGCACUGUCCCCUGCCCCCCAGACAUCUGCCACUGGGGCCCCUCAACCUCUUUUAACCUUUGUUCAUCCCAAGCCUGUACACUUGACUGGAGAGAGGCCCAAGCAGCCCCCUAAAAUAGUGCCUGCUCACAAACCUGAGCCUGUGUCUUUGGUGUUGAAGAAUGCUCACCUCACCGCAGCUGCCUUUUCAGGCCAACCGCAGGCGGUGAUCAUGACAUCAGGCCCUCUGAAGAGAGAGGGGAUGCUGGCCUCCACGAUGUCGCAGUCCAGUGUGGUCAUCGCACCUGCAGCCAUUGCUAGACCCCCUGGUGUUUCAGAGUUCCACAGCAGCAUCCUAGUGACAGACUUCAGCCACAGCACAAGCAACCGCCCUGCUCCAGGCUCGCGCCUUUUCCCCACAGGCACAGCACAGGACUUGGGGGUGAAGGGCGAGCAGCCCUGCCACACGGAGACAGCCCCCAGGUUACUGCCCGCAGGGCCCAGUCAAGACUGCCCAAACUCAGGGCAGGCCUCUCUGUGUGCUUCAGAGCAAAGCCCCAGUCCUCAGUCUCCUCAGAACUGCUCAGGGAAAUCUACAGACCCCCAAAAUAUGACUGCACUAAAGGUACAGAUGAAGCACAUCUCCGCUGAACAGAAAAGACACGUCAAUAUCAAGAUGGGCUUCAACACCCUCAAUACUCAGAUUGCCAAUAACUCCAAGCUGACUACCUGUGCCACCAUGCUGCAGAAGACUGUGGAGCACAUUACCAAACUGCAGCAGGAGCAGAGCCAAAUGCAGAAGGAGGCCCAGCGGCUUCGAGAGGAGAUCGAGGAGCUCAGCGCUGCCAUCAUCUCCUGCCAGCAGCUUCUCCCCGCCAUGGGAGUCCCAGUGGCCCGGCACCAUCACAUGAGAGACAUGUUUGAUGAAUAUGUGAAAAGCCGGAUGCUGCAGAAUUGGAAGUUCUGGAUUGUAUCUUUAGUCAUCAAGCCGCUAUUUGAGUCCUUCGAGGGCAUUGUGUCCACCAGUAGCCUGGAGGAGCUGCACCAGACGGCACUGGCCUGGCUGGACCAGCACUGCUCCCUGCCUGUACUCAGGCCCAUGGUGCUGAGUACCCUCUGGCAGCUGAGCACCACCACCUCUAUCCUCACGGACCCAGCCCGGCUGCCAGGGGAGGCCUCAAAGGCUGUCACUCGGAUCAGCAAGAGAUCCAGCGAGUCCCAGACUUAG